AUGGGUGGACUACCUCCCCUUACUGGCAAAUGGCGUGGACCAGCCCAAAUCCUUAGACGCUUAGGGCCAGUUUCUUUUGAGGUACAAAACCUAGACACAGGAGUUCAACUGAAGGCCCACUUGAAUCACCUGAAACCCUUUCGCCUUUCUGAGGAACUCUCCUAUGCUGUCGACGAUGACGAGGAAGGACUGGAGGAAGGAGGCGAGAAUGAUACCGACCAGCCGGGUGCAGAGGCCCAAGAUCCAGGCGCUCCGGAGGAUCCAUGGAUAUCUGGUCUGACGUCCUUUGCCAGGGAGCCAGAGGAGUGUAGGGAACUGAAAAGUUGA